CCUAAGUUUUUUAUUUAGAUGUAUAAAGCGCACAUCAGAGGUUUGCUGAAUCGACACAGAGAGCUUCAAAUGAAUGACAAGUUUCACUCGGUGGUCUCUUCUUCUUUCUCUCUCUUUCCUUCACAGCCCCAGAAAUGGACCACGAGGUUGUGUUUGCAACCUUGGAGAAAGUGUGCCAAGACAACAUCUCUGUUUUUUGCGGACCUUCUCGUUUGCCACACGGCACUGCUGUUGAGCGUCUGGUCACUUGUCUGAAACAGAUUCAGGAACAUGGUCGAGCCUUGGAGCCUGUAGUGACCAGCUUCACCGCCGUCUAUCACCAUUAUGACUUUGAUGAACAAACACCCGGGAAUGGCUACCGCACGCUGGUCAAGGUCUUGGAGGCUUGCCUUUUGCACAUCAUCCACAAAGCCCGUUACAUUGCCUCCAGUUACAGCAACCCCUUCUUUAGGGUUGACCACAACACGUCUGAGAUGGAGGCGUACUGCAGCGCCCUUUGCCAGCUCCGAGCUCUUCUCCAUCUCGCCCAGCAGCUGAUCAACGACAACGACUGCGGCCAGCUGUACUCCCUGCAGGACAAGGACCUGAGCCGCAGCUUUGUGCAGGAGUACUCCUCCAUGCACAAAGCGUGUUUCUACGGCCGCUGUCUGGGCUUUCAGUACUCCCCUUCCAUUCGCCCGUUCCUGCAGACUGUUGUCAUAAGUAUGGUUUCAUAUGGAGAAACCUAUGGUAAACAACAGUCUGGCUUAGGAACAGCAGCCUUGUCUCUCCUCACAUCAGGGAAGUAUGUUAUUGAUCCAGAGCUCCGGGGCGCUGAGUUUGAGCGCAUUACCCAGAAUCUGGACAUGCAGUUCUGGAAGUCCUUCUGGAACCUCACAGAGUCCGGCCUAUUAGCAGGCUUCAACAGAAUAGCCUCCAAACAAGUGCAAGUAAACUUCACCAUGACCGUGCCUCCAGUCACUCUAUGCCUUCCUCUGGCCUCCGACCCCAGGUUGUCUGUCACCGUGUCACCUCCAAUAGCUCACUGGGGCCCCGGGCCAGUCCACAUGCGUCUGAUCUCCUAUGAACUCCGAGAAGGACAGGACAGUGAAGAGCUUCUAGUUUUGUCCCGUGCUAAGCCUCCCCCCAUCUCCACCCAUCUGCCCUGGGUACAGAAACAGCCUCGCUCCCCCUGGCUGCUCAUCCACUUCCAUGGAGGGGGCUUUGUGGCCCAGACUUCGAGAUCUCACGAGAACUAUCUUCGCAGCUGGUCGAAGGAGCUGAAUGUCCCGGUCCUCUCCGUCGACUACUCUCUGUCACCUGAAGCACCCUUUCCCAGAGCUCUAGAGGAAUGUUUUUACGCCUACUGCUGGGCACUGAAUAACUGUCAUCUGCUGGCAAACAUUGGUAUCCUCUCAGGUAUGGACUACCAGACGGUGCAGCCUGCAAUGGGGAGCAGCACUCUGAGCACUCUGAGUAGAGACACGGCCAUGCUGCUCAGUGAUCUCACUCAGGGAGCCUCUAACUGGAUCCAGUCCUUUCUGGACCCAAGGCGGACUUCAGGUCGCUCGCUCUCCCGCUCAUCUUCACAGAGACAGACUGAAACCCACAUGUCCAACCAAGCUUCCAUACAAAAGGCACUUUUAACAUUUAGCUUACUUGAUUUCUCCUCAUAUAAAGUCCAGUGUGAGUUGAACUGCAGUCUAUUACUCACAGCAGAAUUUGAAUUGACUCUUUUGCCCACGCAGGCCUCUGCUCUCGAUGCCCUGCUGGACGACUCCGUGAUGUUUGCCAAGAAGCUUCGAGACAUGGGCCAACCUGUGAGUCUGACAGUGGCGAAGGACCUCCCACAUGGCUUCCUCAGCCUGUACCAGCUCUCCAAGGAGACGGAUGUGGCUGCAGAAGUCUGCAUAGCACGAAUAAGGGAGGUUUUUGAGCAAGAAAACCCACCGCACAAUCUUGUGGAAGAGACUUAAUUAAACAUGUGUUAAGAGUGCCAACUUAUCGGGAUGACUGAUCC